AUGUUGAUCAAAAUCAUGGUGUUGAUGGGAAUCAUCAGUUGCGCAUCGGCGUUCACGAUUUCAACUGUCAGAUUCAAAGGUACUCCGAAUCGUGUUUUGGAGAAUAUUCACCGAGAACUGGCAAAACGCUCGUACUCUCAACUCAAUCAGUACGCCGGGUUUGAUACACUUGGAGGGAUGGGAUUCGGAAAACGAAGCGAGCCAGAUCAAGCAGGAGAGAAGCGCGCCGCUUUGGGCACUUUUGAUUCUAUUGGAGGCAUGGGACUUGGCAAACGAUCGGCACCGUCCGUUUUUCUUUACGAGAAGCGCGCUCCACUCCAGAUGACGUCACUGGAUACACUAGGAGGAAUGGGAUUUGGAAAGAAAUAA